GCUCUUCCGAGGCGAGGGCGGAGGAGACGAGGAGAGGGAUGGCAGAGAACAGCUCCGAGACAAGCAGCUCCGUUCACCGGAGAUGUUUGGCCCAUUCUUCGGCAGAGAGAAACAGUUCAGCCGGUGUCGGGGUAUCAAAAUGGAUUCGGCUAAACGUCGGGGGAACGUAUUUUUUAACAACGAGACAGACGCUGUGUCGAGAUCCAAAAUCAUUUCUGUACAGACUGAGCCAAGCUGACCCCGAGCUCGACUCCGACAAGGAUGAAACCGGUGCCUAUCUCAUAGACCGAGACCCCACAUACUUUGGGCCAGUGCUUAACUACUUGAGGCAUGGCAAACUGGUGCUCAACAGGGACCUGGCAGAGGAAGGUGUGCUAGAAGAAGCCGAAUUCUACAACAUCACAUCAUUAAUAAAGCUCAUCAAGGACAAGAUCAGGGAACGUGACUGUAAAACAUCACAGAUUCCAGUGAAGCAUGUGUACCGGGUGCUGCAGUGCCAGGAGGAGGAGCUGACACAGAUGGUGUCCACCAUGUCUGACGGCUGGAAGUUUGAACAGCUUGUCAGUAUAGGUUACGGGCGAGCCCACCAGUCAGAGUUUCUGCUGAUUGUGUCAAGGGAGGUGAAGGGAGAGGAGUCUGCUUUGCCAAACAACAGCGGAGAGCUGGUCAGCAUCGGCUCCUCUUACAACUACGGAAACGAAGACCAAUCCGAGUUCCUGUGCGUCGUCUCCAAGGAGCUGCACAAUCAAUCAUACGGGACAAACAGUGAGCCCAGUGAGAAGGCGAAGAUCCUUCAGGAAAGGGGUUCCCGGAUGUGAAGAGGACUCAGUAUUAUGAGCUCCAGGUGUUAUGAUGCUAACAUAUCAUCUUUGUAGAAGAACUUUGGCACAAUGGAGAGUUGGAGAAGGAGGGGGGGGUGUGCAUUUAUUUUGUUGUUUUCCCUCCAUUUCUGUUUUUAUUUCUUGAUGUAAAUAAGUCUGUUUACUGACAAGUUGUGCCUGUACAUUUAAACUGGACCUUUUUUUUGAAUUAGCGGCAAGUUUUUUCUUCUGUUUUUUAAUUGAGAGUAAGGAAUUUGCAAUCUACAAAUGUUUUAUGCUAUAAAAUAUGGCCAUCAUCACAUAAGGCCAAUGAUUCACUCAGGGUCAUCUAUUGAGUCAAUUCUUAUAAGGGUCUUGUGAGGGAUCAGUGUGGUCUUCAUAGCUGCAAAGUAUCAAACUCAAAAUCAUUGUUCAGAGAUGUUCAGAAGGGAAUUGUGCAUUUAUUUAGCGCAUGUUAAAGAGUUAGGCUAUUAAAUGUGAAAUUCACCCCCGAAAAACAAAUCGAUAAAUAAUCUUUCAACAGUUAAACUGAGGAUCUCCGCUUUACAACACAUUUGAAACAUUAUUAUCAACGCAAUACGUCAGUGAUUUGAUACUGUAGGUAAAGGGGCAUUAGGUUAUUUAUCACUUGCAGAGCUUUUAUUGGUGAUGAGGAAGUGACCUGUAACUAACACAAAUAUGAAAGCCCCAUUUUCACAUCGACUAAAUAAGAUAGUUUUAGAGAUGCAGCAGAAUAUCUGUCUAAAUGUUGCAAGAUGCUACUUAAUUGAUCUUUAAUGCUUGAAAAGUAAACGUGUGUAGCGGCACCAUGUACUCUUAUCUUGCAAUCUUCGUAACACACCCACGAAUAUGGCCAGUGAUGUGCUGUGGGAUUAAAUAAUUAUGUUCUUUCAGGAAGUCCCCCUGUACCUGUAGUCUAAGGAUAAAACUUACACAUUUAACCACACACAUUCAUUCAAAUGAGUUUCAAAGUAAGAUUUCUGCUGCUUCUGCAAACGUGGACUUUUAGGUGUGUGUGUGUGUGUGUGUGUGUGAGAGUGUGUGAGAAGAAGUGAAAUUACUCUAUAAAUGUUGUAAAGUGCAAACUUAUAUCAAGUUUAACCUGCCAGACAUUUUUUUCCUUAACUCCUCAUCUUCAUAUUUUUAAAGUUAACUGCCAAAAUAGUCAAAGGUGUUUUUAAAAUGUGAGUUCUGUGAGGAAAAACAUCCAUCCUUCUCCCCACGGACUUCUGAGAUGUUCCCUAACUAGUUAAUUGUGUGUGUGUGUGUGUGUGUGAGGGGACAUGUUUGAUUUAAGAUCUUUUUUUUGUUUUUUUGAGGCGAAGUAUUUGUGGUGCGGGAGGUUUGGGGACUGGAACUGCUCGAAGGCGGUGGUGAAGGACUUUCUGUUCAUAUCCAGAGGAUUUUGUUUUGAUGUAAAUAAUCCAAAUUCAAUAUUAAUAUUUAACUCUUAAAAAAAACAAAAAACUGCACGUUUUGUACACUGUGUAUAGAAAACACAACUUGGAACAGAAGUUGUUUAUACUGGAUCUUAAAAACAAAAAGAGAAUCUUGACUGUUGACUUCUGUUUUGCAUUGUUUGUACAGGACUUUAGAGAUUUCUGAGUUAGAGUGAAACGGCUGAUGCUGAACAUGGUGUCUUUCACUGAGAACAUGCCUGGAACAUGUUUUGAUAACUAAUAACAAAGCUAUACUUGGCUGGCUAUGAAGUUGACUGUUACAUUUAAAAAACAAAACAAAAAAAAAACUAAUGUAUUUUUCCUGCAUUGUGAUUCUUCUAAGCAUUUUGAAUUGUGUAGAUUUCGUACACAGCAUUACAAGCACCACAGUGGGGAAAAACAACACUGUGCACAUUGCUUACAAGCCUGUAAUGUUGUUAAUGUAAAUACUGCAUUUUAGAACACUUUUUUUAUUUUAUAGAAAGUUGUUUUCAGGUUUGACGUGUGGUUUUGAUAGGUUGGAUAUUUCAUUCACAAAUAAUCAUUUAGUGUUGCCUUUUUCCCCAAUGACCAAAAUCCAAUGUCUUAUGUGUAUUGUACACAUUGAUCUUAGUGUCAGGGAUGAGUAAACUUUUCUUAAUGCUGGCACACUUUGUACAUAUAGACUUGUUAACUACACACAAACCUCCAUUUACUCACAUGUACACUUAUACACUUGACUAAAACAACUUUUAUAUUGUCGGGGAAACAAGUAUGGAUGCAUGUUUUUGAUAUAGAUAUACACACAAACACACACACAAGGGCUUUUAAAGUGCAACAUUUGACAUCUGCAAAGAGGUUCAAUCGAAGUAGAGUGGAUUUCCUGCCAGAGCUAGGCUAUGUUUACAUUUGCUAUAGUAUUCUGAAGCCUUCCAAUUAUGUACUGUCUUGCACUCCCUCACACACGUUAACAUUCGUCUGACUUGUGUGACUGCACCAAUGGCAACUAGCACUCCACGCAAGCUGAUGUUCACACAGACGUGCUGACUGAUAACAUCCACUUCUGACAGCCUAUGCUUGAGCGUUGCAGACAAUCUUGCUUUCCACCCUCUCUGAUGGCAGAGACACUCACUUUUAAUAGGAUUAAACUUGCCUGCGUAGGCUCAGAGCAAAGGUGUAUUUGGGUCUUUUGAGACUUUUCUUUUUUUCUGCAAUGAGAUUUAAAUUGUUUUUUUGUGUUUGGUUUGCUUGGUUCAGUUGUAACUUCAUUUGAUAUACCCUGGUCUGAGGUGUUUUACCCCUCUACUUUAGCAGCUACAUUUUAAUGCCCUUCAGCAGCAGGUCGUCUGGCAAUGAUAAUCAUUUCAUGUGAUGGACAAACUUAUCAAAUCUGUAGCCUAAUACUUAUAAGUGCCCAGUUUGUUUUGCAUUCAAGUCAUAAGCCACAGACCACUGUAAUGCAUGAUUGAAGAUGAUCACACUUGUAAUCAGAGGGAAUGAAUGUGUCAUUUUUCCUCAAUCUAGCAAUUGCAUCGAUGAAUAAGGUUCUCAUAUCACUACAUAGAUCACUAUUCUAUAUGAUCUUAUGCAAUGUUAAACAUGUACAAACUAAGUAUGAGGUUAAGGGGAUAGAUCUAUAUGGUCUUGCAUAAGGAAAACCCAAUAAAAUAUUGUCAUUCAUAACGUUA